AUGCUCCUUGUUAAAAACCUGCAGCCGCUGAGUCGCAUCACACAACUUGUUGCUCCUGCAUCUCAGCAUCACCUGAUAUCAGCAUCAGGGAAUGAGUCCUCCUUGUUGGGAGAGGAGACACUUCCCGGCUCGGAGCGUUCACUCAACGCCUCGGGACAGCCGGGGAAAAACAGGACUAGUUCGGGGAUGUUGUUGCUGGACUUUGACGACGGGACGCUGGAGGACUGGCGCUCCCUGGCCAACAGCAAGAGCCGCGGCCGGGAGUCGCAGGUCGGCGGCGUGAAGGCGCUGCUGGUGGCCGCGUACUCGCUCAUCAUCGUGGUGUCUCUGUUCGGAAACACGCUGGUCUGCCACGUGCUGGUGAAGAACAAGCGCAGCCAGUCCUCCACCAGCCUGUUCAUCCUCAACCUGGCCGUGGCCGACAUCUUCAUCACGGUCCUCAACACGCCGUUCACCCUGGUCCGCUUCGUGAACAGCACAUGGGUGUUUGGAAGGACAAUGUGUCACAUCAGUCGCUUCGUGCAGUACUGCUCCCUGCACGUGUCCACCCUCACCCUCACCGCCAUCGCCCUGGACCGACGACAGAUGAUUUUACACCCGCUGAGACCGCGCAUGACUCUGGUGCAAGGUGGCGUUUGGGUGGCAGUUAUCUGGAUAAUGGCCACCUGCUUCUCCCUCCCACAUGCAAUCUACCAAAAACUCCUGACAUUCACAUACAGCAAGGAGAAAGAGCGAAGCCUGUGCGUCCCGGACUUUCCGGAGCCGUCAGAUGUUUAUUGGCAGUACAUUGACCUCCUGACGUUCAUACUGCUCUACAUGCUGCCCCUCCUCAUCAUCACCGCCUCCUACACCACGGUGGCUUGUCGGUUGUGGCGCCACAACGCCAUCGGCGACACGACGACAGCCCAGCACGCCACCCAGAGAAGGAAGCGCCGGCGAACGCUGGCCAUGCUGCUCCUGGUCGUCGGCGUGUUCGCCGUCUGCUGGUUUCCCCUCAACUGCUACGUGGUGCUGCUGUCCAGCCAGGCCAUCCACUACUCCAACGCUCUGUACUUCUGCUUUCAUUGGUUGGCCAUGAGCUCCACCUGCUACAACCCGUUUAUCUACUGCUGUCUCAAUCCCAUCUUCCGGCAGGAGCUGCAGCUCCUCCUUGAAAAGUGCACGUGGAAACGGAGGCUGGAGGUGGGCCUGGAGCCGGAGCAUCGACCCGCGGUCCCUCGUGUUCCCUGCCACAGAACCGCCUGGCCUGACAACCACGACGCCUCCAGGCCGAGCCAAGCUUUGUCAAAUCCGGGCCAGAACUCCUCACAGCAGAGUCACGAUUCAUCCGCUCCCUCGCACAACCUGAAGGAUGCUCAUGUGCUCUUCACUGCCAGGCGGGUCCUGACGGGGAGGGCCGACAUCCUCUCGGUAGAGCCUGUUGUUGCUGUGAGAUGA